AUGUGGUCAACAGCUUGCGCAGUCGUAUUUGCCGGGCUGUUAGUAAGCGUGUAUAUUUUUACGCGGCGCAAAUCAAUUUCGGCCUUGCCAUUGCCACCUGGCCCUAAGCCAUUGCCGAUAAUUGGCAAUGCCCAUCAAGCUCCUAAGACGCACGGCUGGAGGACGUAUUGUGAAUGGAGCAAACAGUAUGGGCCGAUUGUUUAUGUCAAUAUCCUUGGCCAGUCUAUCAUCAUUUUGUCUACAAAUGAAGCAGCCCGUGACGUCUUGGCGGAGCGCGGAGCUGUUUGUUCAGACCGACCUCGCCUUUUUUUGGCGACGGAGCUGGCCUUGAAAGGGUUCAAUCUCCUUAUGAUGAAUUACACCAAGCAAUUUCGACAACAUCAGAGGCUACACGCCUCAGUGCUGAGCGCGACUCAGGCAGCUGCAUAUCAUCCCAUCCACACUUUGGAGUCGCAUCAAUUGAUGUACGACCUGCUGAGCAGUGCAGGUAGUGCGGGCAGGGUUGGUAUUGAUGUUCGAGGCCUUUUUCACCGCACAACUGCCAGCGUCAUUUUCACACUGCUGCAUGGCUUUCGUAUUAAAGACCAAAAUGACCCGAUGGUUCGAGCUAUUGUUGAGGCCAAUAAUGAGUUCUCAGAGUUCAUACAGGUUGGCGCGCAUAUUGUUGACCAGUUCCCUGUUCUUAACAAUCUACCCGGGUUCUUAGCCCCUUGGCAAGCAAAAGCAGAGAAUCACUAUAAGACCAAAUACAACAUUCGCAACAAAAACCUUCAGCGUGGUCUGGAUUCAAAUUCGUGGAAUAUAUCAAAGCAGCUCAGGAAGAGUCUCGAAAAGGAUAGCUUUUCGAUGUCUAUGUAUGAGCUGGCGUUCGACCUUGGCACUUUGAUUGACGCUGGCCUAGAUGGAACUACAGAUAGUUUGUUCUGGUUUGUGGUAGCGUGUAUCACUCAAGAUCGGGGUUUCACAGCCACUGCACGCGAAGAGCUGGACGCUGUUGUGGGGCGCGGUCGAUUCCCAGUUCCAGAUGAUAAGCCCAACUUACCGUAUAUCACUGCUAUCGUGGAGGAGGUAUUUCGUUGGCGACCCGUUGUCCCAGAGGGAGUCCCUCACUUAAACAAGGAAGAAAUAUCUUACAACGGAUAUACUAUUCCCAAGGGAUCUAUCAUCAUGGCCAAUGCAUGGGCAAUUUCUCGGGAAGAGGCUUUGUUUGGCCCAGAUACUGAUAAUUUCAUACCAAAUCGCUGGCUCAAGGAGGACGGUAAAACACUCAAAGAUAUACCGUCUUCCGGCUUCGGUUAUGGAAGGCGGAUAUGUCCUGGACGGCAUUUUGCCCGUGAUAUCAUCUGGGUCGUCGUCGCGCAACUACUAUGGUCAUUCGACAUCAAGGCUGGCUUGUCUGAGACAGGCAAGCCCGUCCCAAUUGAUCCUCUUGCGUGUACCUACGGCUUUGUCAUGCGGGCUUUACCUUUCAAGGCUUCAUUUCACCCUCGUGGCUCUUGGGUGCAUGGAGUGAUUACCAGAGAUGGUGAUACUUACAGUAAAGAUCAUGCGGCUAUACUAGACCAAAUUGGAGCAAAGUUUGCUAAGCAUUAG